CCAAUAACUAGGUAAGUUAGUACCCAGGGCCAAGGCUGCAGUGAAGGGCCAAGAGCUCCGUGCCCGAACAACGCGGGGUGCGAGUUCGUGUCUCUAACGCCCUAAGCUUAUUCACUGGCCCCAGAACUUUGGCAACAUGGCGGACUUGCAAGACCUUGAGGACGAUAUCGACCUGCCCGAAGAAGCGGUUGCAAGUCCGGUGAAGCGGCCAUUGUCAAGGCUCAGGCGAAAAGGGGAGCAGUUGCCUGAUCCUGGGGGCAUUGAAAGCGAGUUGCCUCCUGAUAAGAACCCAAUUCUAGAUGGUUUUCGAGUCAAUGAGGAAGAUGUUAGUGAGGGGCUCGAGCCCGACGAUGAGAGAUAUUCAAAUCGGGCAAAAAGCUAUGAAGAAGAGGGGGCACGCGUUUCACCAGACCAGGAUGAGGUUUUCAGCGGGAUGGAGCCAGAGGGGUCUGAGGAAAGGCAUAUUGCAGGGUACUCAGACAAUGACGAUGAUAACCUGCCUGAGGAGAGCGAUGAAGAGGCAGAGCUGGCUCGCAGGUUGCGAGAAGGGGAGAGCGAGUCAGAAGGGGAAGGGGGCGGCAGUGACUCUGACAGCGACGCAGGGGAGGCCCACCGGAAGAGAGCUCGGGAAGAGGGCGCUGAGGGAACUAGAGAUGGGGACGGCUCGGAAGCAGAGGCAGAGGAGCUUGACUUUGAUAAGGACCGGGAUGAUGACGAAUAUGAGUUCCCGUCGCAGCCCGAUGUCCUGCUCAAGAAGCAUAAGAGGAGGAGGGACGGAGAAGGAGAUAUCCAUGCCGAGUCCCAGCGGCUACUGAGAGAAACUCGUGGAGUGUCGUUCAAGCCUCAAGCGACUGUACAAAAGCCGCUCUCAAGCCUGCUCGAGAAGAUCCGGAAACGGAAGGAAGAGCUGUUUGGGGCCAGCAAUCCACCGCCAGAGCGUCCGCCGCCCGUCCGGAAGCCCCUUCCCGCGGACGUCCUGAAGCAGGCAACGGCGGGACGGCAAAGGGUCGGUGAUGCCAGCGGUGACGUCAGCGAGGGGGGACCGGACGACAGCGAUGACGACAUGGUGCUCGAGAUCGUCGACGCGAAAAAGCCUUUGAAAGUCGACACCGCGUCUCCUAAGAAACAAGAACUAGAGAAGGAAGAGACGCCGCACACGGACGCCGGCCAGCAUACGGGCUACGACGGGGACCUUGAGGACGAUGAUGACGAGGCGCUGACGUUUGACUUCCGCAAGCGAGGCGCAGAAGUGCCGGGAGAGCCGUUCCGACCGCCGGUUGCCGACACACAGGAUCUCUUUACCGAGCCCGAAGGCGUCGACGGCUUUGUGGAGGAGGACAAAGAGGAAGAAACGGAGGCCGCUGCCGAGAAGGCGGCCCGCCCAGUCUUCCCGAUGUUCCAGCGAAAACCGGUCGCCAAAGUGCCCAAGUUUAGCGAGCCCUUCCACAUGCCCGUCGAAGACACCCAGGACCUUUUCAGCGAGCCGCAGUGCGACGACGAGAACGUCGAACCGCCCGCCGAAGCGCCGGGGGAUCCCUUCCGGGGAACGCCCGAGGAUGCGCAGGGGGAGGGGUCUGACGUGGAGGAUGACGUCAUGCCGUCGAGAAUGAAGCUGACGAUGGACAACAGCAAGUCGCAGCCGAUUGAGGACCCGUGGGAGAUGGAGGGGUCGGAGGACGGUUCUAAAGAAGACGAGGAAAACGAGAGGGGGGAGAAGGACGACAUCCUCGAGAGAGAGAUGAGCCCCCUGCGCCCGCUUCCCUCUCCCAGAAAGUCUCCCAAGAAGAAGAGCGCGGUUUCAGACGCGGUUCGACGUUUCAUGGACGAUGAAGCCGAAGAGGAAGACAGCGACGGCAACCUGGGGAACCUUUCCGAUGAUGACGAGGACCCCGCCGCGGCUGCUGACGAGAUGGAGUACGUCAUCGACACGCGCGCGGAGGCGGUCAUCGACAACGGCGAGAAGGAGCGGCUGGCGCUGCAUCGGCAAUGGGCCGAGCAACAGGACAUGAAAGAUACGAAGGAGCUUUUGGACCGCAUGAAGAACGGGUGGCAGCGGCCGGGCGCCGCGGCCGCGCUCAUGGACUCGGACGACGAGGACGAUCUGGACCUGCCGCCGGACAUCCUGCGGCGGAGGCGGCUCGCCGCGCGCGCGGCCGCGAGGGCGCGCGACGAAGCGUUUGACGAUUACGAUGCGGACGCAGCGGCCGCGUCCGACGAGGAAGAAGCCUCGGACGGUCCGGGGUCCGAAGACGAGGAGUUCCGGGAACAGGUGCUCCGGCGGAGGCGACUGCAGGAGUCGGAGAGCUUGGAUCCUGAACCAGUUGACUUCGAGGACGAUGAGGCAUCUCGAGAAGUCUUGGGGCUGCUGAAACGGCCGACCGUUCCGGUAGCAGGCCCCGUGACCGCCGAACCCCACAAAGGCAAAGGGCGCGGCAGCCUGCUGGGGCUCUUCAGCAAGAAGAACAAGGCCCUCAAGAGCAGCUCUUCGUUCUUGAACCGCGCUUCAGUCUCGUCUCCGGACGGAACGGGCAACGUGAAAACCGCCAACGCCGGAAGCGGAACCGGGCGGUACUACAUUUUUGGUCGGGACGACAGCAACAGCGGAAUGGGGUUUGACCGGAAGGAGCGACCGGACGUAGAGGGCGAAAUGGCUCCUGAGCCCGCGAGACCCUCUACUUCUCAAGCGCCCACAAACUUUGUUGGCAUAGCCUCCCGGGUCGGCGCGGCUGGACCCAAACGGUCCGCACCGUUAGGAGCGAUGGCCCCCUCCAAAUUCUUCGGGUUGCUGUCAAAGAGUUCGAGGACAGAUAUGGAUACCGACGAUCUGCCCGCCGAGGUGCCGUCAUUCUUGCGGGAGUUCAAAACGGUGAAGAAGUCGGCCUUUGUUCGAUAGGCGAUGACAUCAGUGGGCUUGUAGUUCCGCGAUCGGCGUAUUUGCGGAGCUGCCGCCAGGAUUGUGAGGAGCUUCGUCAAAUAGUGCUACACUAUGAACGGAUUCUAAAAGUAUCUCAAUUCCAGUACUUUCUAUUGCUGAGUCAUACCUCCUGAGAAGUGGGUCCUUUCGUAAUCCUCAACAACUUACUGAAUGCAUGCA